UUUUCAUGAUUUAGCGCUGGUCGUGACCAGCGCUAUUCAAUUAGUAUGAUUAAGUCCGCCCGAAAGUCCCGAGAUUAAGGGGGGGAGUUUGGCCAUCAAGCGCUUCGCUGUCUGGACCAUCAGAGCCGAUUAGCAAAGUGCCGCUCCCACUUCCUGUCACAGAUUCCAUCAAAUGUAUUGCGCCGAAUUGGAGGGAUUUGUCCAGCCUGUCUACAUAAAUGACUAGAUUCGAACCCCACACCCUUGUCCCUAGCCCCUCCCCCCCCUCAACGAGACAUCCUGAAGAUGGCUACUUUCCCUAUAGCUCUCGAUAUCCAGGAAGGACUCUCGUCCGUACUCAUCAACCAGAUAACAGACGAGGAAGAGUUGGAAACACCCAAGGUCCAUCUAGGCCGUACAUUGAUCCUCUGCUUCGAUGGGACGGCGAAUGAGUAUGAUGAUACGAACACUAACAUCGUUCGUCUCUUCUCGUGCCUCGAGAAAUCCCACCCGAAACAGUUAGUGUACUAUCAGACUGGCAUUGGGACAUACACUUCGACUCGAUUCAGCACAUCUAUUGGCCAGUGGAUAUCUAAAACCAUCGAUCAAGGCGUCGCGUUGCACCUUGAUGACCAUGUCUGUGGAGGAUAUCGAUUUCUUCAGUCGAAUUGGAAUCAGGGUGACAAAAUUUGCAUUUUUGGCUUUUCCAGAGGUGCAUAUACUGCUAGAGCUCUAGCUGGGAUGCUACAUGCGGUCGGGCUUUUGCCACCCUCGAUGCCCGAGCAAGUCCAAUUUGCCUACAAGCUUUACCAGAACUUGGGUAGAGGUAGUGUUGUCAGUAGCGAUCCCGGGCAAGCACCAACCCUUCAUGUCCGGAACUACAAACGUGACUUCUGUCGUGCCGUCACUGUUGACUUCCUCGGAGUUUGGGAUACUGUUGCAUCUGUUGGCAUUCUUGUGCCGCGCGCGUUGCCCUUCUCCCAAAGCAAUAGUUCCAUCAAAGUUUUUAGGCAUGCACUGGCUCUGGAUGAGAGACGAGCCAAGUUUAUUCCUUCGCCGUGGAGGCUUACGGGAGCAAAAAAACAAUGCAAAAAUGGAAACUGGGUCACGAAACAAGCUGCAGAAGAUGCCAUUGCGCCAGACACUGAGGGUAUUCAGGCCACGAUCGACUGGGUAUUGGCGUUGAGAGAUAUUUUUGUCGGCAUUUUCUUCAAAUGGUUCAUCGAGUGGUGGCCACAUGAUAUAUUGAACCGUCUCGGAUUAAUCAACUAUGGCGAUCAUGAACCACCCACGACCCUGAUUCCAGAAGAACAGUUUCCGCCUGACUUGAGGGAGGUUUGGUUUGCAGGUGGACACUGCGAUGUCGGCGGCGGAAACGUACCGGACGACAAACCCUGGAAUGAGAUCGACAAGCUGGGCCCGAACGAACCAAGGUACUCGCCUUCACUUGCCAACAUCCCUCUUCGAUGGAUGAUCCGCGAGUUCUAUGAGGCGGAUUUGAAAUAUAACCUCAAUAUUCGCUGGCGAUCUGUCCGCCUGGCCCGCUAUGGUAUCUACUUACCUCCCAUCAUAUACACAAACGACGAUGGUAGUGACUUCAAUAUCACCCUUGACGAUGACCUCGAGAACAGGUAUUUGAGGCGCGCACAGAAUCCAGCCGAUCGCCGGUCCUCUACUCUUCCCACAUCGGGGAGACCUCCUUCCCCUCUUGUUGGUGGGAAUACAGACCCCAGCAGGAUAGCGCCAAGCGAUGUACUAGUCAAACCAACGGACGCUGAUAAAAAAGUGCUGGGUAGGCAUCCUCGACGGGCUAACUUUCUUCGAUCCAAGGAGUUUAAGUCUGGUGUCAAAUAUGACUUGGAUUUCUUCGAGAGGGACUUGAAAGCUGAAUCAUACGACGAGUUGUGGAGGUGGGAUCGCAUUACUUUUAGCGCGAUCGUAACAAUGUUGUGGUGGUGGGUGCUUGAGUUGGCGCCCCUUAUGAGGCAUGUGCAGAACAAGCACACGUUCUUGUGGGAGUCCAAGCUUCGAUGCAACUUAUUCAAUCCUCGCGACAUUCAUCGAGGCGCAGUACCCCAACACACAGAUGCUUUGUCGAAACGCUGGGUGGAGUUUUUGACUAAUCGCUCAAAGCCCAGUUACCAUUGGUCCGUGCGUGAGCGUAUGAAGCACAAACGUGGCUACCGCCCUAGACAUUGGGGCGAUAACGAAAAGAUUCACGAAACUUGGAUCGAAGUUUAUUAGUUUUGUUUUCCGUGCGAUUGGUUAGCUGGGUCUCGAAUUUUGAGGAUAUAUGGUUUGAAAGUCGAACAAGUGGUGUGGGAUCUGCACUGUUUUUGCUUUGGACUUGGACAAGGCUGGAGGCCUUUCACGCUUGUAACCGAUGGGAAUUUUUUCAUCGGAUUCCCCUUUCUCCCCGCUACUAGGUUUGCUACUGCACGGCCCAACACCGCCUCUCCCACGCGUCCGUGCGUUGUUCACCCUGUAGCAUAGGCCCGUUGUAGUACUGAUAGUGAAAAAUAUUGUAGUUAAACAUAUGUAAUAUACAGUUUACUCGAG